AUGAGGUUUCACCUUAAGCUCACACAGGAGAAGAAGUUGCAGGAAAAUGAGCUGCUGUGGAACCAACGGCUGCGAAUUUCGUCAUCAUCCACUUUUGCAUUCGUCACGUACCAACGCGGGCGCAAGUACGAGUGCGAAGUCAUUGUGACUUUACACGGGCCUAGAGGAAAGGUAGAGACCUUCGCUUUCCUUGACGAUGGAUCAUCUUUGACCUUAAUUGAGGAAAGUAUUGCCGAGGAGCUUGGUGUUGAUGGUGUAAAAGCCCCUUUGUGUUUGCUAUGGACGGCGAACGUAACCAGAGUUGAAAGUGAAUCAAAACAAAUGUCGCUAGUUAUAUCCGGUGCCGGGGGGAGAAAGCAUAAGUUGAAUGAGGUUCAAACCGUAAAAGAGUUGUCGCUACCAAAACAAACACUGUCAUUCGAAAACCUUGCUGCGCGAUAUACAUACCUCAAAGGGAUCCCAGUCUCGAGCUACGUCGAGGCCGUACCAAAGAUUCUUGUUGGGGUGAACAACCUAAAUCUAAUGGUUCCACUGAAGAUAAAAGAAGGAUUAACUCGCGAACCAGUUGCGGCAAAAACGAGACUGGGUUGGUGUAUCUAUGGCGGAAAAGGUUCUGCUGUUUGGAGAUCCUCAGUCAACUGCCAUAUGUGUGAACACGAUCUGGUUAGGGAUUUUCUAACCACUGAUGAAGCCGUAGUUCAACCGGUCGUGCUGCCUAUAUCAGAGGAAGAGAAGCGCGCUAACCAAAUAUUGGUAGAUACAACGAUUCGCAGAGGAAACCACUACGAGACAGACAUCAAGGAGAUGUUUCACCAAAUUUUCAUACGCAAAGAAGACCGACACUCGCAGAGAUUUCUCUGGCGUGACGAUUCGACCAAUGCCCCAGAUAUCUAUCUCAUGGAUGUCAUGACUUUCGGGUCAACGUGUUCUCCUGCGUGUGCACAGUUCAUUAAAAACAAGAACGCUGAAGAAUUUAAAGACCUUUACCCGCGAGCUGUCGAAGGCAUUGUGCAAAAUCACUAUGUUGAUGAUUCACUUGAAAGUUAUGAGUCAUUUGAGGAGGCGAUCAGGGUGUCUCAAGAAAUGAGUCACAUUCAUCUGAGUGGUGGGUUCGAGUUGAGUAAUUGGUUGUCAAACAGUAGCGAGGUCCUCCAUCGUUUGGGAGAAGGAGUGUCUGUAGAAGACAAACAAUUGGCAUCAGACAAGUCAAAGAACUACGAGCGCGUACUCGGACUUUUGUGGCUGACACACGAGGAUUGCUUUGGGUUUUCUACGGCGAUGACACAAGAAAUCGAUCGAUUAAUGCAAAGCGACGAACCUCCUACCAAAAGACAAAUGUUAAAGUGUCUUAUGUCGCUUUUUGAUUCCCUAGGUCUGUUGUGUCUCUUUGUGGUGCACGGAAAGAUUCUGCUACAAGACGUGUGGAGAGCUGGCAUUCAGUGGGAUGAGAAGGUCGGUGAUGACUUGCAGAGAAGAUGGAAAAAUUGGACGAAUCUGUUCGAACACAUUAAAACACUCAGAAUUCCGCGCUGUUAUUUUCCGGGUGCCACAAGUGAACGCUACAGGGAUCUUCAGCUACAUAUUUUUGUAGACGCUAGUGAGUCUGCAUACUGUGCAGCAGCAUAUUUUCGGACGCUAAACGCCGAUAACAUUCCUGAGCACGUGUUGGUCACCGCAAAGACUAAGGUCGCGCCACUGAAGACGCAGUCAGUGCCUCGUUUAGAGUUGAAUGCAGUUGUGUUAGGAGCACGUUUGAUGCAGUUCGUCGAAGAAAGUCACACUGUAAACAUAACAAAGAAAGUGUUGUGGAGCGAUUCGGCUACGGUUCUCUCCUGGUUGCGGUCUGAUCAUCGUAGAUACAGACAGUUCGUCCCCCGUAAAAUAGGGGAAUUACUCACCGUUACUGAUGUGGAAAACUGGCGGUGGGUUCCGUCUAAGCAGAAUCCCGCCGACAUUGCCACAAAGUGGGGAAAAGGACCCGAUUUAACAGCCGAAAGUGUUUGGUUCAAGGGUCCGGCCUUUUUACAAUUGCCUGAAGCAGAGUGUCCGAUUCAACAAUCUCUGACACCACCAACAGAAGAAGAACUUCGUCCUUGCUAUGCGCAUAAAUCGACGAAAAUUCCGCAACGAUUAGUAAAACAAGAAAGAUUUUCUCGAUUAACCCGGGCUAUUCGCUCAGUCGCAUAUGUGUAUCGAGCCAUUGUAAAUUUUAAGCAUUUGAUUAAAGGGCAGGAACGGUCUGUUGAGCCACUAACGAUGGAAGAGCUACAGAAGGCCGAACAACUACUUAUUCGGGAAACGCAGUGGCAAUGCUUCCCGGAAGAAAUGAUGAUAUUGAACCUUAAUCGUAUGAGUUCAACAAAACAGCAGGUACCUUUAGAAAAGGACAGCAAACUGUACCAGCUCUGUCCCAUUCUUGAUGAGAACGGCGUUCUUCGUAGUGAUGGCAGAAUCGAAGCAGCACCAAAUGCGGGAAUGGAACUGAAAUUCCCAAUCAUUCUCCCAAGGGUACAUACCUUUACCUCUCUGUUGCUGGACGAAUAUCACCGUAAAUACUUGCACGGCAACUCUGAGACUAUAGUUAAUGAGAUUCGCCAACGGUAUCACAUCCCAAGGCUUAGGGUAGCAGUCAACAGCGCCGCAAAAGCGUGUCAAUGGUGCCGAGUCUAUAAGGUAACACCGAAGGUGCCGCGUAUGGCCCCGCUACCGCUUGCAAGAAUGGCAUCGUUUGUAAGACCAUUCACACAUGUAGGUCUGGACUUUUUUGGACCCCUGACGGUGAAAAUUGGCAGACGCAAUGAAAAACGAUGGGUAGCAUUGUUCACGUGCCUAACAAUACGGGCAGUGCACUUAGAGAUAGCCCACAACUUGACGACUGACUCCUGCGUAAAAUGUAUUCGGCGUUUCAUUUGCCGCCGAGGUUCCCCGUCUGAGUUUUACUCAGACAAUGGUACAAACUUUAGGGGAGCCGCAAAACUACUUCGAGAGCAGUAUGAACAGCUAGCCGUAACAUUCACAGGCACAUCAACCAAAUGGAUUUUUAAUCCUCCCAGCGCCCCGCACAUUUGUGGUGCGUGGGAGCGCAUGGUACGCUCUGUUAAAGCUGCUGUUGAGAUGGCGUGUAACAACAACCGCAAACUGAAUGACGAGUCGCUGGAAACCUUUAUGGUAGAAGCCGAGGCAAUCGUUAACAGCCGGCCUCUGACGUACUUACCGAUUGCAGCAGAGAAGUACGAGGCCCUCACACCAAAUCAUUUCCUUUUGGGAAACUCAAACGGUGUUCGUCAACCGAUAGCAAAAACAACACCGCUAGCCAAAACUUUGCGAUCAUCCUGGAAGCAAAUACAAUAUCAUCUUGACGUGUUCUGGCGAAGGUGGAUUAGGGAGUAUUUGCCAACGCUUACUCGGCGGCCGAAAUGGUGUGGCGAUACAAAACCGAUAGCAGAAGGCGACCUGGUUUUCAUAGUCGGCGAGGGCACAAGGAACGAGUGGAUAAGAGGUCGCAUAGUUGAAACCUUCAAAGGGGUAGAUGGGCGAAUCCGUCAAGCAAUGAUACAAACUUCGAGGGGGCUAGUGCGCAGGCCGGUGGCAAAAUUGGCAAUGUUAGAGGUAGAUAGAGGUGGUAAAACUGAACCUGGUGGCCAGUGUUACGGGGGAGAGAAUGUUGAUACUGGCAACACUCACGGUUAG